UUUUUUAUGAAGAAGAAUCAUUGCGGUUCAAGCAGCUGAUUAUCCAAACAAGUCAUGGCGGAGCUAGGCGCAGAAGGAUCCGCAAAACCUCUACUGACCGCGGCGGAGAAACAACUCCUCCGCCGACGACAGGAGCUCGACUACUGGAAGCAAAACGCAUCGCGGAUCCGCAGCCGGAACCUGGUGACCGGCCUGGCUAUCGGAGCGUUUGUGGUCGGCUUGUUCAGCUACACCAUCCUGUCCGUCAAACAGGAGAGAAUCAUGGACGAGCUGGACGAAGAAGCCAAGGUCCACAUCAUCAGAGGGCCGCGGACCGGCGCCAACUCCUGAUUGCACCGACCAUGAACCGUCCUGGACUUACCGUAGAGUUAGAUGCAUAGACUGUAUGGUGACAUCGCACUGGCAUGUGAUGAGGCACGUCUGCUGAGCUUCUCAUACUAAAGACACAUUUCCAUUUGAUUUCAACUUGAUUUUUGUUGUUGUUGUUGGGGGAUUUCCAUUUGGAAACAGCUGUGGAUAGUGGGGCUGGGACGAUAUGCGUUUGUCCUGAUUCCAUUCUUUCACGAUACAUGGGUGAAGAUUUGACUUGUAUUGCAAUUUUCAUGUGUUGCGAUUCAAUAGUAUUGGGUGUUGCGAUUUUCUUUCCCAAAACAAAAGUUGAAUAAUACACCUCUAGAGACAACAUAUCAUGACACAUGCUGUAAUUGUUUUCUAAGAAGAAUGCACGUCACUUGUCAGUCAGUUUGACAUUUAUUUUAUUUAAAAAGAAGAGCAUAACAUGGAUUCUCUGCGUUUUCUGCUUUCCAUCAGUUCCACUGGAAAUGGAUAUGAUGUAGUCGCCGUCGGCGGUACCAUAUAAACAGAAAAUACUUAGGUGAAUCAUUGGUAAAAAAGAUAGAUAGAUAGAUAGAUAGAUAGAUAGAUAGAUAGAUAGAUAGAUAGAUAGAUAGAUAGAUUGAUUGUGGUGAAAAGAAUGGAUUUAAAAAAUCGUCACGAAAAAAAAUCACGAUACAUAUGAUUUUUGAUUCCCCCCCCCCAGUGGAUAGUAUCUGAUACCACCUCGUUCGACGUUCCGAGCAAGCAGAGCCGAUACUAGAAGGAGUUGAAACACUGCUUGACCAUUGAUUGGUCAAAGAGACACGGGACAUCCUGCACAAACCCCGCCAUUUUUAAAUAGCCAGGCUAACAUCAGUAGCGACCACAAUUUCUUGAGUAACUCGGGCCAAAAAAAAAAAGACAGCCUGCAAAACAAGCCGGGGUCAAUUGACAAAGUGCAGACGUUCCUCUGUUUGGUUUCCGAUGAAAGGAUCCAGGAUCUCAAAGAAAACCAAAUUUGAGAAAAACACCUGGUACCAAAAUUGAGCCGGGUCGAGCUGAACCGUGCUGUAGAAUCGAGGCAUUACAUACAACCUGCCACUCCAGUUUAUAUAAGGGAAUUACAAAUGUUUUCAUUGCUUCUUUUGUUGUUCUGAACUAUUUUCUGGAUUAAUUUACUUACUUUGAAUAAAGUGUAGCCUCGA